UGGAUCCUCUGUGCAAAAUUAAUAUAUGGAAUAAUAUUAAUGCAUACAUUCUUGAGACUGGUGGAUUCCGAACGACGGGUCGAUUCCCUUACGGAUGAGGUACUGCAAUUACCAGGCCAACCUCCCGUCAGUUUCAAGCAAUUUGCCGGCUAUAUCGCCGUUGAUGAUGCCAAACGGAGAUCCUUAUUUUACUACUUUGUUGAAGCGGAAUCCAAUUCGUCUUCAAAACCUCUUGUGCUUUGGUUCAAUGGAGGGCCUGGUUGUUCGUCUGUUGGAGAAGGGGCUUUUGUAGAACAUGGCCCUUUCAAACCAAAUGGAAGUGUUUUGAUCAAAAAUGAUUAUAGUUGGAAUAUAGAGGCAAAUAUGUUAUACUUGGAAUCACCAGCAGGAGUGGGAUUCUCUUAUUCUGAUAAUCAAACCUUUUAUUCAGCGGUGAACGAUGUCAUUACAGCUGCCGACAAUCUUGCUUUCCUUGAGAUUUGGCUUGAAAAAUAUCCAGAGUACAAGAAUAGAGACUUCUAUAUAACGGGUGAAAGCUAUGCAGGACACUAUGUUCCUCAACUUGCAAAACUCAUAGUUCACUCAAAAGCCAAGAUCAAUCUCAAGGGAAUCGCUAUAGGUAAUCCACUUUUGGAAUUCAAUACGGAUUUUGAUUCGAGGGGGGAAUAUCUUUGGUCUCAUGGUUUGAUAUCGGAUGAUACUUACGAACUGUUCAAUAAAGUCUGCAACUACUCGACCAUAAGAAGACAAGCCCAGUCCAAGUCUAUUACCCCUACUUGCUCUCAAGUUGCAAAUCAAGCUGCAAAAGAGAUCGGUAGAUUCAUUAAUGCUUAUGACAUCACUCUUGAUGUUUGUUUGUCAGAUGUUUUCUCACAGUCACAAGUUCUUGAGCAAAAUCAAGAUACGGAGACAAAGGUGGAUGUUUGCGUGGAGGAUAAAACAAUCGAGUACUUGAACCGAAAAGACGUUCAAACCGCGCUCCAUGCUCGUCUCGUGGGCGUCAAACAAUGGGCCCCGUGUAGCGAAGUUUUAAACUAUGAGAUGCAGAAUUUGGAGACACCAAUGAUUCCUGUGUUGGUCUCCCUUCUCAAGUCUGGCCUCAAGGUCUUUGUUUACAGUGGGGAUCAAGAUUCCGUUCUCCCUUUAACCGGGACACGAGUGGACGUCAAUAGCGUGGCUAAGGAACUAGGAUUGAACACGACUCUCCCAUACAGGGCUUGGUUUAAUGGCAAUCAGGUUGGUGGAUGGACACAAGUGUAUGGUGAUGUUCUCACUUUUGCAACCAUUCGAGGGGCAUCACACGAAGCUCCUUUUUCGCAACCGGAGCGAUCAAUUGCUCUAUUCCGAGGCUUUUUGAGCGGAAAACCGUUGCCACAGCCCAACGAGGAACCUCAAAAGAGAGAAGAGGAAGCCCAUCUUCAUUAGGAUAUCAAGAACCACUUUCACACAUCUUUUGACCCUUCCGGUUUCGAUGAAUAAAUUCAGUUCAACUGAUUUCGUGUCAUUCAUCUUCGAUGAGUCGUAACGGAAUUCGUUUUACGGAUAAUCUCGGCAAUUCACGAGCUUCUCAUUUUUUUUAGUAUCGGAGUAGUUAACACUUGAACACCGAUUUCAUACGAGUUCCUUUCAAAUGUAUUUGCGAAUUGGGAACGAUGUUUAUGUGCCUGAUUAUAUGACUUCAGAAUCGCAUGAUACUCAUUGGUUA